UGAAUGACUCUUGUGAUGUGUCACUAAUUGCGCCUUUGGAUUCGGUGUAAUAAGUAUUAGAGGUUUUGUUUUACAAGUGAAAUAUUUAGAAAAUCUUUUAUGAUGAAAGAAAAGAAUCAACAAUCGAAAUGUUAUCGUUUUCAUCUUCUGUGAAGAAAAACAAACCAGGCAAGAUGACCCACAGAGAUCAGAGAAUCCUAGUUAUCAAUUUGUACAAAAAAUUAAAAAUAAAUAACCCAACAAUUUCAUAUAAAGAUAUUGUUCAUCAAUUGGCAGAAGACAGAGGUAUUGGAACUCAUAGUGUAAGAAAAAUAUUGUCGGAAUAUAAGCGUUCACAUACAGUUACAUCUCCAAAUAAAACGAAACAUCGUCCAACUUUCAAAGAAAAAGUCGACGAAUGUGACAAAACUGCCAUUCGGAGAAAAGUUCACGAAUUUUAUUUUAAUAAAGAUCUACCAACGUUAAAUAAACUUCUGCAAGCUGUAAACAAUGAUGAAAAUCUGCCAAACUUUAAACAAACAACCUUCUAUUCAUUGUUAAAAGAACUAAACUUUACUUACACUAAUCGCGUUCUAACAGAAAGAGAUGAUAUUAUUAUUUGGAGGAGAAACUAUUUGAGAUCUAUUAGGAGAUUUAGAGAAGAGGGUCGACACAUUUAUUACAUGGGCGAGACUUGGAUUAGUAGUGGUGACGUCACAAAUAAAGUGUCGAAGGAUGAAACACCUGAGAAAAACGCAUUUCUCCAAGAAGAAGAGUUGACUGCGGAACCAGCUACUCCAAGAAAAAAAGACAAAGGAUUAAUUGUUUUGCAUAUUGGCAGUGCUGCUGGUUUUGUUUCUAACGGACUUCUAUGUUUCGAAUCGAUAAAAAAUACAAGAGAUCACCACGAUGAAAUAGGCGGCGACACAUUUCUUCAAUGGUUUGAAAAUAUUUUACCAUUACUAGAAAAGAAAGCUGUUAUUGUCGUGAACAACGCUACGUAUUAUUCUACGAAGAAGGAAAACCUGCCGAAUACUUCCUGGAAAAAAACCGAUAUAAUAAGAUGGUUGGAAAAUAAAGGAAGAGAAGUAUUAGAGAAUAUGACAAAGGCCGAACUAUUGCAAAUUGUUACACACGACAAAGACAAGUUUGAUAAAUAUGUCAUAGAAGAAAUAGCAAGAGCAAAUAAUAAGAAGGUUCUCAGAUUACCUCCACAUUAUUGCGAACUCAAUCCGAUUGAAAUAAUAUGGGCAAUGGUUAAGGAAUAUGUGAGAGAUAACAAUACUACUUAUAAUCUAGAAGAUGUACAACUAUUACUCAACCAAGGUAUUGAACAGAUAACAGCUGAAAACUGGUGUAAAUGUAUUAAGCAAGUCAGAGAUGAAGAGAAAAAGAUGUGGGAGGUCGACAAUAUAGCUGAUACAUUGAUAGAUGCAUCAUUAGCAAAUAAUUCUCACACAGUAAUUACUGUUACAGACAGGACCUUCGAUAGCGAUUCCGAUGUCUUUGAUAGCGAUUUUUAAUUCUAUUCUGUGUUGUAAGUAUUCAGGAUGUGUGAACUUUUAUUAGAUGGCUCGAUUAUUUUCUAUAUGUAUAUAUGCAUAUUCAUAUAGAAAUACAUAUUCACGAAUAUGUAUUUUAUUGUGUUAUGUCAGAUUAUGAUUAAAUUUAAUUACGAUUUAAAUUUACAUUGCGUUAUUUCACUCGCUCAAAUUUCUAAGUUCGGAUUCAAGUGUGCCGUAUUUACGGUAUAUACUAAGUAGCGCUAUUUUCAUUUUGCCCGCUUCUAUUCGCAGACCGAAAAUUCUCAUUGAACUCGGCGCAUAUGAUAUAUGCACAUAUGCAAUAUACGUGAUAAAUAAGUCAAAAAAAAAAAAAAUAUAUAUAUAUAUAUAAUAUGAUAGAGUUGAUAUAUUUAUUAACACAUGUUGAGAUCGAUUUGAUCAACGUGAUUGGUUAAUUCUGCAAGACCUGCGCGUCUGCGUCUUAUGUGAAUAGGCUUUUAUACACGAGAUGACGCGGUGCUAUAACGCAUGCGUGUAAGUUUAGUUUGGUUAGGUUAGGUUAGAGUACUUCACGUGUAGCAUGUGCAUCAAGUACGUAAAAGACUUGCCGUGUACAAGGUUAAGGUAAUUUCUCUAUCUUUGAAACAGUAUACGUUAGUUAUUCCAAUUUGAAAACAUGUCGGAAGUGCGAAAGACCGAAGGAAAGAAGCGAAAGAAGAAACGUUCGUCUGCACAAAUGGCGAAGAAAUUCGCUCGACGUCGGACAGACACGUCCGGGCAGAAUCUGGACCAGGAUACCUAUCAUUAUUUGCUGCGUAUCGUCGACGUGAUACGCAAGGAUUUCCCCACGUCCGACGAGCGGACGUUGUUCGUGAAGAAUGUCUACAAAGAAAUGGCGGGUCGUGAGGUCGAAUACGCCUGCAGUCAAAUUGGAUCGCGCGUCAUGGACUCUCUCCUGAAAUACGCUAGUCUGGAAGACAUUCAGAGAUUGAUGAAAGCGCUUGAGUCUUCUCUGAGGAAACUUCUGAACGACAAGUUUGCCAGUCACGUUCUACAGAAGAUGAUAGAGGUCUGCGCCGAUCGAGGUAACAGGAUUUUGGACAAAGACAAAGCUGCAAAGAACAAGAUGAAGAGCAAGGAAGACGCUGUUGUUGAGCCGGACGAGGUAAAAGUUUACAACAAUAUUGUUUUGAAGCUGAGCAAAUAUAUCCUCAAUAAUGUGGAAGAGUUCGUGUCUGACACGUACGCCAGUCACGUUGUAUGUACAGCCAUAGAAUGUCUAGCAGGUUUAAUUGAUCCUGAUAGUGAGAACAGUAAGAAAUCUGCCGCUACCUGCCUCGCGAACAGACGUCCCGUGAUACGGGAGUAUACGGAUCUGUUGGUGCAAACCUGUAAUCGAUUGCACAAAUGGCCACAGUUUUACGAGCUUACACAGAACAAACAAUGUUUCUUGGUGCACUGUAUUUUGUACUCGUUGAAAGAUGUCAAUUCCAAGUUAAUAAACGCCAUUAUUAGCAAUAUUAUAAAAACUUGUUCCGAGAUAAAACCAUCGUUUCAAAACGAGGAUCUAGCAAAUACAACUUCCGAGGAGAUUUCCAUCAGGCUAUUGGAAACUUGUCUGAUAACCGCGGAUCUGAAGUCUUACGAGAAGUUGUAUAAAACAUUCUUCGCUGGAAAGUUAAAGAUGAUGUCUUUGGCGCAAACUACAAACUUCAGUGUGCAGAGACUGUUGGAUCGCUGCAGCACCAAAGAAAAUCUGGAGCAAAUAUUCGAAGAAAUAUCGGAACAUCUGCCGGAAAUUUUCAAGCUGGGUUUCACCGGUAUACUGGUCAGUAUCGGAAACGCUUGCGCGAGAUUGCAGACGAAGCAGGGCGCAUUCGUCACCGCGAUAAUCAAGCUGCUGGAGUGCGACAAAACCGAAGACGCGACACAACUGAUACGAUGUAUGGUAACUUUGAAGACUUCGACUCAACUGAAGGAGUCGAACGAUCCGCCUCUCACGUUGCACGGUAGUCUGAUAACGCAAGCUAUCCUGAAUUUUAACAAGCCUAUCAAACUCGUCAACUCCAUACUCGCAAUGAACAACGAACAAUUGUUACGGUUAUUUGACAAUGCGAUGGGCAGUCACAUUCUGGACGCCUUCAUGGACAGCAAGUACAUCGGCGAGAAGAGCAGGGAGAAGUUGCACAAGGUUUUGCGCGGUGUUUGGGAGGAGUUGGCCAAGAGCAAGUACGGAUCCAGAUGUUUGGACAAGAUGUGGUUGUCGGCGAAUAUGAACCAAAAGCAAACCAUCAUGGAAGAAUUGGUCGCGGCCGGUGAAUCCUUGAGAUCCACACAAUCGAGCAAGAUCAUCUUCAACAAACUGGACGUUUCUCUGUUCGCGAGAAACAAAAAAGAUUGGAUGGACGCGCAGAGAAAAGGAGACAAGACCCAAGCGCUGUUUGCUGAUAUUAUCGGAAAAAAAUAAAUCGGGAAAAAAAUAUAAUAUAACGCAAUUUUAUUUAUAUUUAAUGUUAUGUUUUUUUUAAAUAAGAGGUAAAGGUCCAAUACAGAAUGUCCAUGUGUUAAGAUAUGAUUUUAUUGUAAAACAUGAUCAGACGUUUCGAUCCCUGAGUUGGAUCUUUUUCAAUGAACAAUUUUAAUCGACCAAUACUUAGAUAAUUAUUUAUUUUUGUAUGCUGACAACUUAUCUGCUUUGAAUACUUGAGUGAAAAGAUCAAUUUUUGUUAUUGUUUAUUAUAAACUAAAUUUUGUUGGCAAUUUUAAUUACUUUGUAAACAUUUUUUAUAGUUAUUCACUGGCUCGUAUUGGUCCUUUGCUUAUUAUUGACAAUUUCACGAGCGGACUAUAGUGACUUUCAUUUUUUUUCCGUUAAAUAAAUGGCAAUAUCUUUUUUGAAAUCAUUGAAAAAAAAUGACAAGGUGUGUAAUAAAAAAAAACGUCGUUCUGA